AUGUCACCACAAGAGAAGCAUGGCAGAGGAGAUUCAACAAUCGCAUCAUCUCCCUCCUCUUCUUCUUCUUCGGUUGUAAAAACAAAACAUACAUCGACAACAACAACAACCUCCUCCUCCUCUUCAAACAAACCAUUUCAAUUGGUCAAUCAAAUCGAUCAAUUACUCGUCAAAGAAGAAGACCCAAUAUCAUCACCACUCAUUAUUAAUAUCAUGGAUCAAGUAUCGGAUAUGAUGAAAUUAAAUAGUAGUAAUGAUAAAGUAGUACUACUACUCGAAGACGAUGAUCAUCGUUCCGAAGAAGUAGUACUGAAUAAUAACAAUUCCAUCACCAUCACCACCGAAAGUAAAACCUAUGAAAUAACCACCACCACCGAAUCAUCACCCAUCAGCAGCAGCAACACUGUCCCUCCUAAAACUACGACCUCCAACAAUACCAUCAAUUCCACCACAACUCCCACCACUUCAACGACCACUUCCUCCUCUCCAACUCCCACCAUUACCAUUAUCAAUUCCAAUUCUGUGACCAUUCAAUCCUCCUCUCCCAGUAGUUCGACCUAUGAAAACAUUGAACGAAUGACUUCUCAACGCAAUCAACGAAAAUCUGAAAUGAAACGAAAGAGUAAGAAUGCAAAUACCAUGUCCAUACGAAUGGAACCUAUUCAAAGUGAACUUUUAGAAAAUGAUUGGCUUCUUGCUGGAUAUGCAGAAAAACAAGGACGAAGAUCCACCAUGGAAGAUGCAUUGGUUUGUGAAUUGACUUUUCGACAACAUGAACAUGUUCAAUUUGAAAACAAGUAUGAAUCCUUUGUUGGAAUUUACGACGGACAUGGAGGAUCCAGUACAUCCAAAUUAGUUUCAGAAACACUUCAUUUGGUAUUUAAAGAGAAAUUGAAUCAAUAUGAACAAUUUUUAGAAAUGAAGAGAAUAUUACAAGAAGAAGAGGAAGAAGAGAACGAGGAAACAUUAAGGAUGUCGUCCACUACUACUACUGCUACUACUACUACUACUACUACUACAAAUGGUACGACUCUUACUCAAACAAGUAAUGGUACACCACACAACUACAUUCGUAGUGGCAGUAAAUAUUUCGGACUAUUGAAUGAAAAGGAAAGAUUGCAAGUUCAGGAAGGACAUUCCAUUCUCACUCGAGAAGAAUUAAUUGAGGCUGCCACUGAAAAGGCUUUAUCACUCGUCAAGUAUUUGAAUGAACAUUUACAAUUUAAGGAGAAGGAACAAAAAACAGAGGAACAAUCCAUCGAUGUUUUGGAUGUUCAUACUCUCUCGACCAUGAGUCGACGUGAAAUUAUUCCAUUAUUGAUUCGAGAGACAUUUUUAGAAGUUAAUGAAAAUAUUUGUAAAGGUCAAGAUACUCGAGAUGGAAGUACAGCCAGUGUGGUCUACAUACCAUAUGUGGAAGAAAGAACUCUCUUUGUGGGUAAUGUUGGAGAUUCAAGAGUAGUGCUGUGCAGAAGUGGUGAACCUAUUCGAUUGACAGUGGAUCAUCGUCCAAGUGAAAUUGACGAAAGAAGACGUGUCAAAGAUGCAGGUGGUACCAUUUAUGGUAAUCGAGUGAAUGCAUGUUUAGCAGUGACAAGAGCCAUUGGUGAUAAAUCUUUACAUCCCUAUGUCAUUAGUGAUGCUAGUACGAUGGUUGUUGAUUUAAUGUUUGAUCGAGAUGAAUUUCUUGUCAUUGCAUGUGAUGGAUUGUGGGAUUAUGUGAGUGAAGAGGAUGUUGUCAAGACAGUGCGAUUUGAAAAUGAUCCUGUGCAGGCGAGUAUUAUUUUGAGAGAUUUAGCCUAUGACAAGGGAAGUACGGAUAACAUUUCAGUCAUUGUGGUGAGAUUUAAACCAAAUGUUUUACAAGAGUAUUUGGAUCAAUAA